AUGUCGCACAGCCCGCCUUACCAAGACCCCCCCUCGAUUCCUCACGGUGCAAACGGGCGCGGAGGCUACACUGGCGGUUUUCAUGUGAGCCCGUAUGGAACAUCAUCACCGGCAAGUCCGCUGCAGCAUUACAGCGCCCUCGCUGGUUCUGCGCAGCCAUAUCAGAAUCAGUUCUCUCCAUUACCGCAACACCAUCUUCACCUUCAGCCUCAGCAGCACGCCUAUCAUCACCACCCUUAUAGUGUGCCUGGCCACUUCUCAGGUGCGGGAGAAGGUCAGCUGUCCGCGGCCGUUCAGCGCCGCUAUGCAUCCAAUGUCAAUCCGGAUGGGACAACGGGGGGCGCACCCGUCAUCGGCAGCAACGAUGCCCGCUCUACUAUGCGAUGCGUCGGUGGUCUUGCAAACCCAUCUCCGGCUCUAUCCUACAAUUCACUACCGGCAUCGCCUCACAGCCACUCAAGCCAACUGGGAACCAACUUUGGCAGGCUCCCAAAUGGCAGCAUCAUCGAGCUGUUUCCCGCCAUGAUGCGCACGCUUCAAGCUUGCGAGUACUGUCGCUCAAGAAAAGCAAAGUGCACCGGCGGGCUGCCGUGCGAGAGAUGCACCAAGAAAAAGGUGCGAUGCGAGUAUGCGCAGCUCGACAAGAAGCGGAAGGUCAAGACGACGACGAGCCACCUGGACCUCAGCGGCGUUGGCACGUCGGCAUCCCAGCAGCAUCACCAUCAGCAGCAUCAGCAACAAAUGCACAAACAGAAGACGACUGGAUCAUCUUUUAACGGCAGGGGCAUCUACGAGCACAUUGGGCGCGGAAGCAGCAAUGACACUUUCAGCAACGGCCACAAGAGGAAUGCCAGCCACAUGUCAAGCUCCGAUUACUCUCCCGGAGCUUCUCCCGGACAUAUCGGCACACGCAUGCGGCCCAAGGGAAGCUAG